UGUUACUUGAUACCAUAUUACAAAAUGUUCCUUUAGUUAAUGCAUAUUUCGUCCACGGAAGAAAAAUAAAUUGUAUCUUGUAAAAACAAAUACCCUUGAACUUAAUAACAACACUUUAUUUUCAACAAAAUUGUAUGAAGAGCAAAAAUCACCGUCUUAGCCUAGUAUAAUUAAACAGGUUACAAAAAUAAAAUGCAACAGAUUAGACAUUAAAAUAGCUGAAAUGUAUUGAUAAUGGUGAACAAUAUAAUUCCAUGGUCCACACUCACUUUAGGAUUCUGUGGUUGCCCAAAUAAGGAAUAGGAAAGAAGAAGAAGGAUUCUGUGGUCCUAACCUAAAUAAAUAUCUUGUCAAAAAUUUGUAAUAAAGGAAUUUAUCACCAAAUAUCCUUAUAAUGGAACUUAGGGAUACCAAGUACAAUAAAAACGAAUAUGUAGAAACGGCGUCUGGUAAUAAAGUCUGUAGACAGACUGUCCUCUGCGGGUCUCAGAAUAUUAUUUUACAAGGUAAAGUAAUAGUGCAGUCAGAAGCAAUUAUUAGAGGGGAUUUAGCGAACGUCAAAACAGGCAGAUAUUGCGUGAUUAGUAAAGAAGCAGUGUUACGACCUCCCUAUAAAAAGUUUAGUAAAGGAGUGGCAUUCUUCCCGUUAAAUAUAGGUGAUCAUGUAUUUAUUGGGGAUAGAUCCCUCAUCAAUGCUGCCCAUGUUGGAAGUUAUGUUUAUAUUGGAAAGAAUUGUGUUAUUGGACGAAGAUGCAUUUUAAAAGAUUGUUGCGUAAUUGAAGAUAAUACUGUUUUAGCUCCUGAAACAGUUGUACCACCAUUUACUAGAUAUAGUGGUUCACCUGGUAAGCAAGUUGGGGAUUUACCCGAAUGUCAAGCGGAUUUGAUGAUAGAUUUUACCAGAAGCUAUUACCAACAUUUCCAGCCAGUAUAACUCUUUAGAUGUGUGUCUUGUUUAUAUACUACAUUUUCAUAAAUUUUUAAAUCUUUUUAUUUUCUUGAAAGUUAGUUUUUUACAUCAAUCAUUUUAUUGUCACAUUUUUAUUUGCUUUAAUAUAUACAUAUUCUCAGUAACAAUUUUGAUUUGAAACACGAAUUAGCACCCCAUUAUAAUUUUGGCGAGGGAUUAAAAAAAAAGAGAGAUAGAUAGAUAAACACCUAGGCACGUGUAGUUACAUUACGUUUAUUUCAUUUUCUGAUUCACUUGCACUUAAUUAUAGAAACACAGAAUUAUUAUUGAAUUGAAAACUUGAAGCACCCAAA